UUGUGUUUCGAUAAAAUUGUCGAUAAAGCUAUAGUUUCGGCUCAUGGCUCGCGUCUGUUAUCACAAUAAUUGGUGUAAUAAUAACUUACAAAAUGUUGCAACAUCGUAUAAAAUAUGCUCAAUCGUGUUGCUAAAAACGUAUAUGCUUAAUGAUUUUAUGCUCAAUCGUGCUCUCCCGACGAACACAAACACAUUGAAAAUGUUGUGAUCUGCUUAAUUAGAUUGAAGUACAUUAAUAUACAUUAAUAACUAUAUAUCUUUUCAGUAAAUUUCUAAUCCAUUUUUUAAUAAUGUAUUUACUAUUUACAUUAAAAUAAAUCAAUCCGUACAAAGUUUUUAUUUGUAGGGAAUCUUAAUAAUAACAUAUUCGUAUUCUAAUUUCAAAGUGUGAUUGAAUACUACAAUUUUAAAUAUAUUUUUUUUAAAUACGCUUGUUCACUUUUAAUUCAGCAUAGAUACAAAACUACAGCAAUUACUAUACAAAUGUUUUUAUUCUUUUUUUGUUAUUUUUAAUUAAUGAAUGAUAUGCGUAUAGUAUAUGAAAAAUUGAACACUAAACAGUAAACAAGAUGGUAUUACAAGCAAAAGAUCCAUCAAAAAAUCUUGCACCAUUGACAAUAGUCGAUGACUCGAAUUCGGCCGAUGUUCCGAAUUUGAAAGGUGACUGGCAUAACAUUUUUGUAUUAGUAUUGCUGUACACAAUGCAAGGCAUAGCAGGUUUGGGAUUAUCUGUAGGAAUUCCGGCACUUUUGCAAAUCAACAAAAAUGUGACUUAUAAAGACCAGGCUUUAUUUAGUAUGGUUACAUGGCCUUUUAAUUUAAAAAUGAUGUGGGCACCAUUAGUAGAUGCGUUAUAUGUACAAAAGAUUGGAAGACGAAAAUCUUGGCUAAUACCAGUUCAAUAUUUAAUCGGAGGAUGCUUUAUUUAUAUGGGCAAAAAUAUUGAUGAGUGGUUGCCAGAAACAGGAAAACCUGACAUACUGAAAAUGUUUUACUUGAUUUUCUUCGUUUCAAUUUUGGUAGCUACACAGGAUAUAGUCGUUGACGCUUGGGCACUAACAAUGCUAAAGAAGAAUAACGUGGUAUAUGCAUCAACUUGCAAUGCAGUGGGCGUAUUGUCGGGUAUAAUGAUUAGCUCUUUAUUUCUCACUGUGUUCACAUCAGAAGAUUUUUGUAACAAGUAUCUUCGAUUUGCACCGGCUACAGGAGGAGUAGUGACCAAGGCAUAUUUAUUUUAUUUUUGGGCUGUCUUGUUUAUUUUAAUAUCAACAUUGAUUGCCAUCUUCAAAAAAGAAAAAGAUAACAGGUUAGAGAACAACUACGUACAGCUCAACAUUAUUCAAAAUUAUUUACUGGUAUUAGAUAUUUUAAAGACACCUAGUAUCUGGGUAUUGUCAAUUGCGUUGUUGACAACGGAGAUUGGAUUUGCUGCAGCUGACCAAAGUUUGUUGAUUUUAAAACUCAUUGAUGCCGGAUUACCAAAAGACAUUGUUAUGGUUAUAAUCUCAUCAAUGUAUAUAGUUAAGAUUAUUACUCCAAUCCUCUUAUCAAAAUACACUUCAGGACCAAAACCAAUGAGCGUAUACUUAAAAGUAACACCAUUCAGAAUUAUUUGGAGCAUUACGUUUGUUAUAUUUAUAUAUUAUACAACAAAAUUCACUACAACUAAUGGAAAAAUAGAUUUUCCGAUAUAUUAUUAUGUAAUAUUAAUAUUUUUAUUCAUAAUAAAUAAUAGUUUACUCAUAACUACGAAAGUGGCUAAAUUUACUUUGUUCAAUCGGAUAAGUGAUCCUCGUUACGGCGGUACUUAUAUGACAUUAUGGAACACUCUUUCAUAUUUUAGUAUGUUUUCGUCGACUACAAUUGCGAUAUUUCUGAUCGAUAUUUUAACAUUCAAAGAAUGUUCAUCAGAUUAUAAUAAUGAUUGUUCUACACCAAAUCUAAGCAACACUUGUAAAUCUAAUGGAGGUAGUUGUACUGUAAAGGUUGACGGUUAUUACACUGAAUCAGCUCUGUUUAUACUGUUUGGGAUUGGAUGGUACUACAUAUAUUUUCAAAAAAACUCUUAUAAAUGUUCAAGUUAAGAGCUUUUCUCAUUGGAUGGUCAAUGUGGAGAAUAAUAAAGUGAUGAGAAAUGAAAUAACUAAGUAAAAAAUGGUUGAAAAUUCAUAAUGAAAGUUAUUAUUAUGUACAUUGAUUUAUUAUUAUACGUCUAAUAAUUAAUUUUAAUUUUUCGAUAUUUUUUCAUAAUAUAAUAUAAUAUCAUUGUAUAUCAUUAUGAUUGUAAUUGUUUUGUACCGUGCCUUGUAGAGUGCGGACUGUAUUUUUUGGUUGCCGUGCGUUCGCUUGUGGUGUUCGCUGUGUUAUUUCCGUACGCUUCAACUGUGCAAAAUCUGCCCUUGGUGGGUCUUACUACAGUAGUCACGUAGGCAAAUAGGUCCCAAAAUGUUCAAGUCUGCCCUGGGUGGGUCUUGCUACAGCUAGGUGCCGUAUAUUCAGAACGUCCCGAAACCACGCAAGUCUGCCUGGGUGGGUCUUGCUACGGUCGAGGUAGGACUGAAUACUGACUGAUUUUGUGUUCCGCACUGGUAUUUAUAGGCGGCGGCAAUGUGUAAUCGCCGAAGCCGCCCGCGUUUGUCUUGUGAUUGGUUAUUGCGGUCGUAACUACGCCCUCCGUGACCUGUGAUUCGUUAAAGCUCUUGCAGCCACGUCCACCGUAGACUGUGAUUCGUUGGCGUCUGAAGAUACGCGAACCCUGGCCUGUGAUUGGCUAAAGCGCGCGAAUAUACGCGUACUCUGGCCUGUGAUUCGCUAAAGCGCGUAGGUGCGUCCCCGUUCUGUCAUAGAACACGGAACCGGCCGUUUUGUAAAGUGUGGCACCAUAGCCAGCGUACAGACCCGGGCUCCUCCGGCGCAGAGCGUGAGGGUCGCCGAACGUUUUGUCUUUGCUCACCGUGAGCCCUUAUGCCGUUACUGAUGUAAUGAACAUUUAUGACACAGUACAUAGAUUCGGCCCCUUACAGUCGGCGGGAGGUUAGUAGCUCACCUGUACGUCUCCCGACGCGCGACGUCAAACGUUCCCGUUGCAGCGUUUUAUUCGCGGCGAUCGACCAGACAGAGUGCCGACUGACUGUAAUCCGAAUCUCAUGCUGUUGUGCAACGUAUUUUGGCCAACGGCCCGGUACAAAAUAAUAUAUAUGUUAAACAGAGAAUAUACCUAUAUAUUUGUGGAGAAACAUAUAAUACUUAUCGGGGAAUACGACGACGCGUGGCGCGAACAGUUAUUAUAUCUAAUUAAAACAUUUUAAACCCUGGAGUUGUUUUAGUAUGCUUCAUUUAUAUGAGUAACAAUAUCGAUGAUUGGUUUACAAAAACGCGAAACCGGACAUACUAAAAGUAGUAAUUGUAGUUUUCUUAGCGCAAAUCUUAGCUGCCACAUACGAUAUAGUACCUAGUCAAAGGUUGGGCAUUGACAAUGUUGAAGAAGUUGGUGUUAUUGUUAACUUUUUUGAUUUCCAUUAUAAAUUAAAUAUAUGUAUAUAUUUAAUUUUGAUACUUCACAGGAAUAACUUUGGCUAUGCGUCUACUUGCAAUGCAACGGGUGAAGGGAUGGGCAUAAUGAUAAGUUCUGCGUUUUCUGUCUUAUUGACGUUAGAAGACUUAAGCAACGAGUACUUGCGGAUCAGGUUAAACAUACGAGGGCUUUUCACUUUGUGGAUCACCGGGAACAACCGAUGGAACACUGGAUGCUAUGACACAGCCUCCGACGAGCUGACCACAGCAGUCGAUGUCGACGAAAGCGCCGUCGAGUACACCAGUGUGACAGUCAGAUUAAUUAUUAAUUUUUGUGACGACUGAAAUGAAACUAAUUUAGAAUUUAAAAUAAUUUUGUAGAUACUUGAGUAUUUAAAACUACUGCUGAUUUCUCCAACAUUUAAUACUUUAAUUUGGUGAAGUUCUAACCAAACUUCAUUCCCAAAUUUAUCAUCAGUUGAAAUGAAAUAUCUAGGUAUUCCUGCACUCGUCCGUUUGCUCUAAGCGCAUGUUCUCAAAAGCAGGAAAAAAUGUUACCAAGGGGAGAUAUAGUCUUGGUCCUGUAUCUGUAGAAAAAUUAGGAUUUCUACAUUAUAAAAUAUAAUUAUUAAUUAAUGAUAAUAUAUUUUAAAAAUAAAUAACAAAUAUGUAUUAUGUAUA